AUCAUUAUUCAGUCGUUUUCUUGAGAAGUAGCCCAUAGUGUGAAAUACAGGAUGUACUACUGCAAAAUUACACUUCUGUUUGCCGUUCUUUCCUGUGCCUCAGCAGGUUUUAUCAAUCUAUACCCGAACCACGGAGCUACUUCUUACAAUAAGAUAGUCAACAGCUAUGCUACACCUAUUUACGAAAAUCCAGAAACAGGAUAUGGUUACGGUUAUGGCGACGGAUACGGUAAUGGUAAUGGUUAUGGAUAUGGAGGAGCAUAUGAUGGAGGACAUUAUUCCUACCCCAAAUACCAAUUUUCCUAUGGAGUGAGCGAUCCCCACACUGGAGACCACAAGUCACAAGCUGAAGAACGAGAUGGCGAUGUUGUCAAAGGAUACUAUACCGUUGCUGAUCCCGAUGGAACCCUCCGUACUGUCCAUUAUGCCGCUGAUGACCAUAACGGUUUCAAUGCUGUAGUGGAGAAAUCUGGACAUGCAGUCCAUCCAGUUCCAGUAGUUGAAAAAGUUCUCAUCGCCCCUGUUUACCACAAGCCAGUUUAUGGCGUGUAUGGAAAUGGAUACGGCAAUGGGUAUUACGGACAAGGCUACGGGCAUGGGUAUGGAAAUGGGUAUGACCAAGGAUACGGUUCUUAUGGACAUGGAGGUGGUUACUACUAAUCUCACUGAUGUCGAUGAAUUGCCCAUCAUAUAUUAAUUAUAUCCUUCCUGUAAAUAUGUUAUUAUUAUCUAACAAUAAAGUUGCAUUCGAUUCAUGAUAAACAUA